AUGGACCUGCACGAGGUGCAGGCGCAUCUGGAUCAAUGGCUCCAGGAAGCAGCGGUCACCUUCCAGAAAAUGCCCGGCUCAGCCGUCCUCAUCCGCUACGUCCAAUCCAGUUACCAGAACGACCCUGUGCGCUCGGCCAUCGAACUAGUGCUCGUCAUCUUCUUCAUCCGAUACCUCCUCGCGCCCAGCUACUCGACAUCGAAACAAAAUUAUGUCAAGUUGACCGAGGACGAAAUUGAUGAACUGGUUGAAGAAUGGACACCGGAGCCGCUGGUGGCGCCGGUCACCGCCCAGGAGGAGGCCGAGAUGGAGAAAUUGCCUGUACUUGUUGGACCCACGGGCCCGAAGUCGAAGCUCGCCAACGGCAAGACAGUCACCAACCUCGCGUCGUACAACUUUUACAACUUCAACGCCAACGAACAGAUCAAGGAGAAGGCCAUCCAGACCCUACGCACCUACGGUGUCGGCCCCUGCGGUCCCCCGCAAUUCUACGGCACCCAAGACGUUCACAUGAAGACGGAAGCUGACAUCGCUUCGUAUCUCGGCACCGAGGGCUGCAUCGUCUACGCGCAUUCUUUCUCGACCAUCUCAAGCGUGAUUCCAUCGUUUUGCAAGAGAGGCGAUAUCAUUGUCGCGGAUAGGGGCGUCAACUACUCGAUCCGACGUGGCCUUGAGAUCUCGCGGAGCAAUGUCAAGUGGUACAACCAUGGCGACCUGGAAGAACUCGAGCAGGUCAUGCGCAAGGUGGUCAAGGAGCAGGCCGGCAAGAAGCUGACGCGGCGGUUCAUCGUCACCGAGGCGCUGUUUGAGACCACUGGCGACAUCAACAACCUGCCCAAGCUAAUCGAGCUCAAGGAGAAAUACAAGUUCCGCCUCAUGCUUGACGAGACCUGGUCUUUCGGCGUGCUCGGCCGCACCGGCCGGGGCCUAACCGAGGCGCAAAACGUAGACCCAACCCAAGUGGACAUGAUUGUGGGCUCGCUCGCAGGUCCGCUCUGCGCAGGCGGUGGCUUCUGUGCGGGGGCCAAAGAUGUGGUGGAACACCAGCGCGUCUCGUCGACCGCCUACACCUUCUCGGCCGCGCUUCCCGCCAUGCUCGCCGUCACGGCUAGUGAGAGCAUCAACCUGUUGCAAUCCAACCCUGAGAUCCUGCUGCAGUGCCGCGAGAACAUCCGCUUCAUGCGCGCCCAGCUCGAUCCCCGGAGUGACUGGGUCGUGUGCUCCAGCGCGCCCGAGAAUCCCAUCAUGCUCAUGGUGUUCAAGCCCGAGGUCGUCGCGGCGCGCCGCCUGAGUGUCGAGGACCAGGAGCGGUUGCUGCAGGAGUGCGUCGACGAGGCGCUCGCCAACGGCGUGCUCGUCACGCGGCUCAAGACCAUGCCCAUCUCCCAGCACGCCAGCCUCAAGACCAACACGUACACGGUCACGCCGGCGCUCAAGGUGUGCGUCACGUCGGGCUUGUCCAAGAAGGACGUCGAGAAAGCUGGCGUCACCAUCCGCCACGCCAUCACCAAGGUCAUGACCCGCAAGACCAACAACAAGCUCGGCUUGCCGGGCUGCGUGAGGUUUUGGGUGUGGUACGGUUGGGAAUGGAUUUGA